GCAGAUUGACGGCGCCCGCCGACACGAUACAGGAGAUACGACGACGUGCCGCGCGCGCAGAAACUGGCAGAAACGAGUAUCCUGGAGUAUCCGCGGACGUUUUCGCGACGGCGAGCCCGCGCCGAUGAUCGCCGGACGAGCGCGCAACCUCGCUGGUAGCCCCGCACAUGCGUUGGCUCACGCCAACUUUUUAUGGUCGGGAUUCUCCCCUCCGCGACCGAGUGUGUACGCACGUAGGUUUUGUGUAGGUUUGCGGUACAGUCGCGCGCGGCGCUGCGUGUCUUUAUUGCGCGUAUCACGCUCAGUUUUCUUCUUGCGAAUCAACUCGCCUGUGCUCGCCUGUCAACAGAUACGUCCUGUGUAUCACUAGUCAUUUAAAUAAGCUUCCAUCUGUACUCCAAUUCACACACGUUAAAUAUGAACAGCUCGACAGAUCCAAGGCGGCCAGACAAGGAAGUGCGCUACAAGCCCCCGGGUUCAAAUAAUCAGUCACACAUGCAAGACGACAUGACUCCAGAGUACAUGAACGUCAUAGGAAUGAUUUUCAGCAUGUGCGGCCUGAUGAUGAGGUUGAAAUGGUGUUCCUGGGUGGCGCUCUACUGCUCCUGCAUCAGCUUCGCUAAUACGCGAGUGAGCGAAGACGCCAAGCAAAUCCUCAGCUGCUUCAUGCUGUCGAUAUCAGCGGUGGUCAUGUCCUACUUGCAAAAUCCACAGCCCAUGAUACCUCCAUGGGCGAGUGCCAUGCAAUGAAUUUUUGUACAAACGUAUAUGCAUUCAUAUGCGACUUACUUUAUUAAACAAUCUUCUUUGUCCGAUAUAUGAAUGCAAGAAAAUUUGAAUAUAAAUGUUUGUUAGAGCGAAUGAUCACUAUUUAUAUCAUACAGAUGAGUUUUCUGUAACAUACGAAUGAAUAAUAAAUAAAAAUGAAUUCUCUGUAAUAAUGUAUUAUCACUCAGUAUGCAAUAUUGAGUCCGCGUUACACUGAUAAUUUUCGGAGUCGCUCUAUGAUCACUCAAUAUGCAGAUAAUCAAUUGCAUAUACACUAUAUACAGAUGUAGAUAAUUUGUUUCGUCGUUUAUCUCUUAUAAAUAAUUCUGUUAUGCUAAAA